UGAAAUUACUUCCAGAAGCAGAGGAGACGUCAAUGAGAGCCACAGAUCAAGCAGUUGGAACAGAGCUCUUUGGCAGUGGACGAGCACUUGAACUCACAGUUGGAGUUCUUGUAAAGUUCACAGUUGGUGUCAGAGCUGGUUCCUGUAGAAAGGCAUUCAGCAGUUUCCUUCAAAGUCCUUCCCACUGUGCUGAAUCUGCUCACUCAGUUCGACCUCCCAAUUGCUGCAGGGACCUGCCCACUCUGGGAAUUUCUCCUUUCCUGGACCCUGCCCACAGCCAGAACCACACAAGCUGCUGCAGGAACUCAACAGACCAGGCAGGGCCCACAGAGAGAAAUGUUUCAGGUGCAUUGUGGGCAAAGAAGUAUGUAAGUGGAGUUGUGGGAAGAGUGAUCACAAUCGAUUGUUACUAUGAUGCAAAGUACCGCUCACACACAAAGUACUGGUGCCAUGGAUGGACUCAUCAAUGUUCAGUUUUAGUGGAAACAAAUGGGCAACACGGACAGAGUGGACGAGUGUCAAUCACAAAUAACCUGAAACAGAGAAUAUUUACUGUUACUGUGGAGGAUCUUCGCUCUGGAGAUACAGGGUGGUACAGCUGUGGAGUUACAACACCAGAACCCGUGUCUGUUCCUGUGCUUCAAGUUCUGUCGUCACUAAAUGACUCGUGUGUCGGGGGUUCCGUGUCAGUUGUCUGUAAGUCUGUUCAAGGAUCCUUUCCCAUUCAGUACACAUGGUAUGAAAAGACCUCAUCUGUGAAUUCAAAGAUCUCUGACACCAGUAAACUGGAUCUACGUUGUCAAUCCUUCAAACACCAGCACCAUCAAUAUUACUGCACAGCCUCGAAUACUCGUGGAGUGAAAUCCAGUGAAAUGAUCAAUGUGGCAGUGUUCAACAGCACUUGGAACUGCAGUUAUCAGCUGCAAUUCAGUCACACCGAAACUAGAUAUUCCUGUGAAAAUAAUUCUGACCACUCUGAAAUCACAGAAGAUUCCAAAGGCAAUCAAUCCACUUCCCCUGAAAGAUUAACGAAAGUAAUUCUGCUCAGCAUCACUGGCAUUGUUCUCACGAUGAUCUUCACUGGCCUGCUUUUGUAUCUAAAGUGUAAAAACAGGGACUCGAAGUACAGCACAUCUCAGACAAGAGGCAGCAAUGAAACUCAGCAAUCGGCAUCUUUGGAAGGGAGCACCAUUAGCACAAAUCUGCAGCAACGUCAGAGCAAACAGGCAGCUGCCUUGCAGGUGAACAAUGAUAGUUGGAUCAUGUAUGCAGAAGUGGGAUUUCAACAGAAAUCAACAGCAAGGCACCCGGUAACCAAUAAGAAUACUAUCUACACUAAUGUUGAUUUUCAAAACAACUCCCCAUUGAAUAGUGGGAAAGCUCCCUCUCCAGGCACUCUGCAGGACCCUAAGCAGACAAUUUAUGCCUCAGUUGUUCCUUAGGAAAUCUCAUUUCCUGGACCUGUGCUGUUUAUUACUGUAUCUUUGCUCUAUUGUUGUGAUGAUAGGACCAUAAUACAUAGGAGCAGAAUUAGGCUAUCCGGCCCAUUGAGUCUGCUCUGACAUUCCAUCUUGCUGAUUUAUUUUCCCUCUUAAUCCCAUUCACCUGCCUUUCUUUUUUCUCAUAACCAUCAAGAACCUAUUAAACUCCACUUUAAAUAAACCCAAUGACAUGGCUUCCACAGCCCUCUGUGGCAAUGAAUUUCUCAGAUUCAACACCCUCUAUUCAAAAAGGAUAACAUUCUAUUCUGAGUCUGUGACUUCCGGUCCCAGACUGCCCUGCUAUUGGAAGCAUCCUCUCCCCAUGUACUCUGUCUAAGCUUUUCACUAUUGCCCCUCAUUCUUCUAAACUCCGGCAACUGCAGUCCCAGAGCCAUCAUAUGCUUCUCAUACAUUAAUGCUUUCAUAAGAACAUAAGAGAGAUAGGAGCAGGAGUAGGCCAAUCGGCCCCUCAAACCUGCUCUGUCAUUCAACAAGAUCAUGGCUGAUCCAAUCUUAACUCUAGUUUUCACCGAAUCCCACAAGGCAACAGGGCACCAUGCUGCCCAUUUUAUUUUAUUAUUCAUCCCGCCCAAACCCAUGUGAUCACUCGGGGGGAAAAAAACGAUUUGCCAAUUGAGGAGAAAAAAUCUGGAAAAUUCCUCUCCAACCCAUCCAGGCUAUCGAAAACUGGUCCAGGAGAUCACAUGGCUGGUCUAAACCUAGCCUCAUGUCCACUUACCUGCUCGCUCACUGUAUCCCCUAAUGCCAUUUUUAUCCAGGAAAAUGUCUAUCUCCGUUUUGAAUUUAUUGAGUGUAGUAGCUUCCACAGCUCUCUGGGGCAGUAAAUUCCACAGCCCCACUACCCUCUGAGUGAAGAAAUUUCUCCUCAUCCUGGAAUGGCAUCCCCUUAUUUUAAGAUUAUGCCCCCUAGUCCUAGUUUCACCCAUCAUUGGGAACAUUCUCCCUGCAUCCACCCGUUAAAGCCCCUUCACAAUCCUAUAUGUUUCAAUAAGAUCGCCUCUCAUUCUUCGGAACUCCAAUGAGUAGAGUCCCAAUCUACUCAACCUCUCAUCAUACAUCAACCCACCCAUCCCUGGAAUUAACCUAGUGAACCUUCUCUGCACUGCCUCGAGAGCCAGUAUGUCCUUUCUUAAAUAUGGACACCAGAACUGCACACAGUACUCCAGGUGUGGUCUCACCAAUACCCGGUACAACUGCAGUAAGACCUCCCUGUUCUUAUACUCCAUCCCCCUAGCAAUAAAAGCCAGCAUUCCAUUGGCCUUCUUGACCACCACAAUUCCAGUAUCACUCUCAUAAACCUCUCUGGACUCUCUGUAAUAUCAACACAUCCUUUCUUAGAUAAGAGGCCCUAAGCCACUCACAAUACUUUCUCAAUCUGCAAGUUAAUCUUCAGGUUAAUUACGUUCCUCUGGCAGAAUCCAUGCACAUAGUUGCUUUGUCAAACUUUUGAACUAAUUCCAUCCAAUUCCAUUCACUUCCUUUCUUCCCAGUAUUGGGAAAUGUAAUCGGUUGCCAUUGAAUUUCUGAUUCUAGGUCCUCUAUGCAAAUGGCAGUAGUUUUGAUUACUGUAUUGAGUGCUGGAGUAGUCAGCCUUGCACCCUAUCCCAACAUACAUAACUCCUCUCCUGGGUCAAUCUGACCUCAGCACAGCUUUCUCAUCUCCACUCCCAUAAGCUGCCAGUACAAAUCCCACUACAGCAUUUGAGCACAUAAUCCAUAUGGAUAGUUCGAUGUCAGAGAUUGUGUCACCCUCAAAUCAUCCAGGACAGGAAGUAAAGUUCCACGUGCAUCUCUGGUGAUACAGAAAGAGGGAAAAGAAAUUGGUCAGCUACCAAAUUUGCAGAGAAUAAGAUCGAUAACUACUGUUCUUGCCUGUGAUGCUACAUCUCACAAAUAAGUUAAAAAUAAAACAUUUUGGGAUGCUGCUCACCCACCAUGGAGAAUGAAACAAAGAGGGAGAUUUCAAAAAUAUUGAAUGUUUUACUUAACCUUACUUAGAGACACAGUUAUCUAUUAGCCCUUCCAGCCCAGCAAACCUGCACUGCCCAAUUACACCCAUAUGAACAAUUAAUUUACUAAUCUCCACAUUUUUGGAAUUUGGAAUGAAGUCGGAGCACCUGUAGGAAAAUCGCACAUUUACAGGGAGAGCGUACAAACUCCUAACAGAGAGUAGUGGGAUUUAAACCCCAGUCUUACACAUGGUGCUGUAAAGCAAAAUCGAUCUCAUUACUGCGAUUAUCAUUCUAUUGAAUCAUCUGUAGAUACAUUUGUUCUUCAGAGCGCAAACGUAUGAAAAACUUUUGAGUUUGGCAGACCUCAUGUGUGUUCUCUGGAUUUUUAACAUCUGCAGAAUCUCAUGUGUUUAUCACUAAUAAGUUCACCCUUCCUGCAAACUGCCCUACAAUAUUUGAACAGAAGUUUAAGCACUCCUCUGUUCUCAAGGAUGUUUGCGAAGAAAAAGCAUUUCAGGAUGAAUGUUGUAUACAUUUCUCUGACAUUAAACUGGACCUUUGACCUGGUAUCAUUACCCCUUUUGCUGUCUGUGAAGUACUUUGAACCACCCUGGGAAAGGGAAAGGCUCCACUUCAAGCCAAGUUCCUUCUGACCAUUAACAAGCUCAGGUCAUGAACUGACAAUGGAGAGGAUUCAGAGAAGGUUCACGAGUAUGGUCCUGGGAUUGACAGGGCUAAUGUAUGAGGAGUUGUUGAUGACUCUAGGCCUGUACUCACUGGAGUUUAGAAGAAUGAGUGGGGGAUCUCAUUGUAACCUAUCGAAUAUUGAAAGGCCUUGAUAGAGUGACGUGGGGAGCACCUAGAGACGUCUAAGACCAGCGGGCACAGCCUCAGAGUACAAGGAUGUCCCUUUACAGCAAAGAUGAGGAGGAAUUUCUUUAGCCAGAGAGUGGUAAACAUGUGGAAUCUGUUGCCACAGAGAGCUGUGGAGGCCAUAUCAUUAAGCAUAUUUAAGUGGAGGUUGAUAGGUUUUUGAUUAAUAAGAAUGUCAAAGGUUACGGGGAGAAGUCAGGAGAAUGGAGUUGAAAGGAAUAAUAAACCAGCCAUGAUAGAAUGGUGGAACAGACUUGAUGGGCUGAAUGGCCUAAUUCUGCUCUUAUGGCAACACUGAUCCAGCUUCAUCAAUGUGACAACAGCAGCAGGGAAUAACACAAUCUUCACUCUGUAGAAAUUCAAGAUUCCCAAGUCCUUUAUUAUUGUUGAGAUACCAUGCAAAAUAGGCCCUGCCAGUCCUUUGAGUCGCAAUGCCCGUCAAACCAUGAUUUAACCUUGGCUUAAUCAUGGGACAAUUGGGAGGAAACCAGAGUACCUAGAGAAAAGCGACAUGUUCUACCGGAAGGACAUAUAAACACCAUAAAUAGGACACUGGAGUUGAACUCUGAACUCUGUAGCCCCAAGUUACAAUAGCAUUACACUAACUGCUAUGCUAUGGUGGCGUCCGCUUCUGACCCAGAGGUUCUGGGAUCAGUACUUCCAUCUAGACUCACCUCAUUUGUCAGUGUUGGUGAUUACUGAACAUAAUGCAAACUUCCUGAACAACAGUCCCGUCAGCCUGUCCAUGGAGACGGAAAGAUCCCACGUUGUUCAAAGAAAACCAGAGUUCUCUUAGCGUCUUUACUAUGUGUUUAUCUUAGUGUGAUCUUGCAAUACAAUAGUAACAAGUCAAGUUUUUAUGUGAAGAACAACCCUCUAGUUGUUCUUCUCCCUUUCCCACUAUAUGAAGAAAGUUAUUGAACACUGAUUUACAUCCUGAUAAGGAUAAAGUGCCCUAAUAUUUCCAACUUCAUCAUUGAAAAGUGUAGGAGACUGAAGGGAGAUUCGAUAGAAGUAUACAAAAUUAUAAAGCAUAUACACAGGGUAAAUGCUAGCAGGCUUUUUUUUCACUAAGGUUGGGUGAGAAUUGAACUAGAGGUGAUGGGUUAAGGGUAAAAAGGUGAAAUGCUUAAUGUGGAACACGAGUGGGAUCUUCUUCACUCAGAGGGUGCUAAGUGUGGAAUGAGCUGUGGUUCGAGUUCAGCAUUUAAGAGAAAUUUGGAUAGGUACGUAUACGUGAGGGGUAUGAAGGGCUAUGAUCCAGUACAGCUGGAUGGGACAAAGCAGAUUAAUGGCUCGUGUCUGUGCCUCAGUGUUCUAUGGGCCCCAAGUUGGGAGCCCCUGCUGUAAUGUAAUUUAAUUAGCUGGCACGUAGCGUCGAGGUUAGAGCAUCACUCUACAGCAUCAGCAGUCAACCACUGGUGUUCAAUUCUGACUGCUGUCCGUAAGGAGUCUGACUGAGUGAGAUUCCCUCCGAGUACCCUGGGUUCCUCCCACCUUCCAAAUACGUACAGGGUAGGAAGGGUUAUGAAGUUGUGGGCCUGUUACAUUGGUGCUGGAAGGAUGGCAGCACUUGUGGGCUGCCCCCAGUACAUCAUUUGACUGGUUAAAUACAUGGAUGGAAAUUACAAUGGACAUUUACAAAAUGGAGAAGAUAACAGCAUCUGUUAAUCAUAAGCUGGAACAAUUUGAUUCAUACUGGGAAAAAUGGUUUAUCUACAUAAUGCCUCAUAGGCCUGAUUUUAUUCUCACAAAUCAAUGAAUCUGUUGUAAAAAAAAAAGAUCACACCCGACUUGUACAUAAUUCUUUCCUUUUGCUUGUUUUUUUCUUUCCACUCUUUUUUAUAACUGUAUACCUCAGAUAAAUACUUUGUGGGGAUUUGUGAUAUAUAUGAUUAUAUGAUAUAUAUGUACAGUGUCUGAAAUACAUCUUAUGGAAAUGUUUGUUUGAUGAACAAUAAAAAAAAUUACAAAAAAAAAGAGAAGUCAGGAGAAUGCACUUGAGAGGGAUAAUAAAUCAGCCAUGAUGGAAUGAUGGAGCAAUCUUGAUGGGCAAAAUAGCCUAAUUCUGCUCCUAUGUCUUAUGUUCUUAUUACUCUGUGCUUUUUGUGCAGUUCAGAUUCUCACGUUGGCAAACAGCCCUCUUUGUUUAAUAGUUUCAAUGAUCACUGGGUUUCUAAUGCAUGUCAACCCUGGGUAAAGCAACAUCCCCUUCAAGAUUCAUGCCUUGUUGAUCACUGCAAGCUGCAACAACCUAAUUUUAUUCAUUGCAAAAUAUUUCUUUUUUCAUUAUGCCAGUGAGAGCCCAAAAUACAGUGUCAUGUAUCCCAAUGUACGCCUACAAUGACAGUAUAUGUCUACUGGGACUGAACCCAAAUCAUUAAACCUUUACACACAAACCAAUCUCACCCCGCUCCUAUUCCAAACCCUACCCAUACUGUCUCAACCAUUCACCCUUCUGUGAUGGAAGAUUACAGUGCAACAAUAUAAAAUGGCAGGAACUUUUGAAAGUCAAUGG